AAUGAAUUAUCGUGAUAGUUUCGCAUCGUUUUUUAGCAUCACAUUAUUCCUCUUGAAGCUUUUUGUGUUAUUUUUAAAAAAUCAAUCUUAAAUUGUAUUUUCAAAUUAGUGCCUUUGUGCUUUUUACGUUUUUCUUUUGUCAGGGCGUCAGAAAUUUUGCAUUAUUAUCCAUAUAAAUUUAUUUUAUUGCAAAUAUCCAGUCGUAUUUCCAUAUUAUGAAUAAAUCUCCGCUUUUUGUCUGUAUUUCUUCGUACUUUUCAAUAUUUUCCUCUCCUCCGUGUCUUCUCUAUGCGUUCCCGUAGCCUCUCCUCCUCCCUCCUCCCUCCCUCUCUUUCUCUCUCUCUCGCGGAAUCCUAUUGAUCCAAACGGGCUAAUUAGCGGUGUCUGCGCAAUUACGCACAUGCGCAGUGGGCGUAAUCUCAGCCAUUUUUUGAAGGAAACUAAUUAGCAGGAAUAAAGAGCCAAGUGUUUUUCCCCCCACAGUGAUCAGAACUCAUUCUACCUCUGGAGCUCGCACAAACCCCUCCGUCCCCUAUCUUCUGUUUACUACAGCCUAUAUGUAGCUUUAAUUACACUGUUGUUUGGUAACAACUUGGACUCCGCUGCUCCCUCUUCCAUUUUUUCCUCCUGGCUCCGUAAGAAACGCAGAGGAUCAUUCAUAAGGAAUGAGUGGGUUCUCUACGCGAUUGUUUUCUGGACUACCGCACAUCCAGCGCGAGGAGCUUUGUACCGGAGCCGCUGCAGACAUGUGGGGUGGUGAUGCGUGGCAGCUGUAGCCUCUGGUAUGGACAGCAGUGAGGGAGGAGGAGGGGAUGGAGGGGGAGGAGAGGAGAGAGAUGUUGACCUCAGUCCCCAGGCUUUAUCUCUCCCUCUCCUGACCCAGGCGGUCAUCGCUGAGCAGGGGUCGUCCUCCCACACCUCAGCCAUGGCCCCUGCCAACGAGCCCCCGACCCGGCCUCGGCGGGAGGAGGGGGGUGCGGAGGGGUCCCGAGCUCGAGAACCGACCGAGGGAGGUGAGGGGAAGGAGGGAGGCGGACGUUCGCAGGAGAACGGAGUGUGCCCGCAGCAGGGGAGGAAAAAAGACUUUGGGGAGGGGUAUUUGUCAGGGCACAGGAAGGAGGACGGGGAAGUGCGUGUGGGUGUGGGGGCGGCGGCGUUGUCAGAUACAGGGGGCCUCUCAGCAGCCCUCAGCGGAGGAGGAGAGGAUGAGGAAGAGGAGAAGGCCAUCUCAAACCAAAGCCAAACCAAAUCCAAAUGUUCUUUAUUACCUCAACAGAGCCAGCACAGCUCUUCUUCCAGCACUGCGAAGGCCAGUGGCACACUCCACAGCAAAGUAGGCGCCUCUCCAAAGCCCUCCCACACACCGUCCACCUCCCCAAAGCCCUCCCCGUUUCUUUCUGCCUCUCCAAAGCACUUCAGUUGUCCAUCCUCCUCUUCUGCCCUGCCGAGCGAGACAGAGGUAAAAGACAUUAAGGCAGAUCAGGGCUGGAUUUCUGGGUUUCCUCAGAGCUUUAAAUCCCAGCAGCAUACUCUGGCUUUCCCACUGGCAGGCGCGGACGCUGCCACGGCGCCUGCUGAGGACGACGGGCCGGCAGGGGGUCCGAACUCCUCCAUUUCCAAUGGAGAUGGUGCCAAAGCUCCAGAACCAAAUGACAGCCAGCUAGAGGUAGAGGUGGACGAGGAGAGGGACAAAGACGACGAACACAGAGAAGAUGUCCUUAAAAACCUCAGCCAAGACCUCUCUCCCAAUUCGCUGACUAGUCACAUGACCAUAAUGCACUCACGCAAUUCCUGCAAGACCCUGAAAUGCCCCAAGUGUAACUGGCACUACAAGUCUCAGCACACGCUGCAGGUCCACAUGAAGGAGAAACACCCGGAGACAGGGGGCCAGUGCGUGUGCGGCGCCUCCGGGGGGAAGUGCGUGUGCGGCGGCGCGGCGCGCGGCGUGUGUGGAUUCUGCAGUUCGGGGAAACCGCACCCGCGCCUGGCCCGCGGCGAGACCUACGCCUGCGGCUACAAGCCCUACCGCUGUGAGGUGUGCGACUAUGCUACCUCGUCCAAGGGCAACCUCAGCAUCCACAUGCAGUCGGACAAGCACCUCAACAACGUCCAGAACGGGGGCCACGCCGGCGCCAACGGCCACGCCCCCAACGGCGGCGGCGACGAGCCGCCGUACAAGCUCCCGCUCCCGGCGCCGGCGCCCGCCGGCCCGCCGGCCAAGCAGGCCCCGCCCGCGCACCCCCACCCCCACCCGCACCCCCACCCCCACGGCAAGCGGUGGCGCUGUGACGUGUGCGACUACGAGACCAGCAUCGCCCGCAACCUGCGCAUACACACCACCAGCGAGAAGCACACGCACAACAUGCUGCGGCUGCAGCGGGGCUACUACCUGUCCCAGUGCAGGAGCCUCGCGCCACCGUUUAAGCACCUGCAGAGCGGCGGUGCAGAGCUCUCCCUGAACAUGCGGCUGACCGCCCAACAACUCGCCGAGCAGCCGGUCGCCCUCGGCUCCACGCUGACGCCCUCCCCGUCGCCCUCCCCGUCUCCCCCGCCGCCUCCCUCUCUGUCCCCCACUGGAAACCUCUCCCAGGGCGUGUUCCAGUGCCUCGUCUGCUCCUGCUUCUCAUCCGACAGCCUAGAGUUUGUAGAGCAGCACCUCAACGCCCCCCGCUCCCUGCCCCAGUCCGACUGGUGCUCCCUGGUCGCCGGCGGCUGCCACUGCCGGCUGUGCGGCUACACCACCCCGCUGAGGGCCAACUUCUCCUUGCACUGCCAGACGGACCGACACCGCACCAGGUACCUGCUCGCCGCUCACCUCCAGGAGGGGGGGGACAGGGGUCAGGAGGGAGCGGCCCUCAUCGCCAAGGGCAACCCCGUCCAGCUGAGGUGCAACCUGUGUGACUACGUGACCAGCAGUUUGGAGAAGCUACGGGGGCAUUCCCUCAGUUCGCAGCACGAGUCGGGCGUUCGCGUUUACAGAUUCCUGCAGCAGUAUGAUGGUGAGGUUGACGGAGGUUCGUGGCUGUUCCAUUGCCUCUUAUGCAACCACUCCUCCAACACCAAGACCCAAGUGCUGAAACACAGUCAAACGCCGACCCAUCAGCAGAGGGAAAGGCUGCUGCAGCUGCAGCCGCUGAGCGGGGAGGAGCUGGCCGCCAUAUUUACCAUCAGGAAAUGCCCCGACGGCGUCACAGGAGAGCUCAGCGAGGACGUGGAAGCUUCCAGAGACAACACCACUGCUCCUUUGGAAACAACCAAAGACACAAGUAACAUGAGGACAAAGGAGACGUCUGAGGAGACAGGUGAAGUUAAGGGAGAAGAAAGAGAAAAGAGGGAGCCGCUGUCCCCGAUCAAGCGUCCAUCUUCUGGAUGUGGGGAGGUGGAAAACAGCAUCGCAACCAAACGCCCCAAAAUACACCAGCAAAACGAGAACCAGCAGUCUGUCCAGUGCCCUUUGUGCCAGGUUCACCUCCCACACACACACCUUCGGCAGCACCUCACGCACGUGCACAGUGUGGCGCAGGACUGCGUGGACAAGCUCAUCAGCGCAGUCACGCCAUCCGUGGAACAACCACAGCCUGAUCUGGAACAAGAACUAAAGACCGAUAUGCGAGCAGAUGAUACUCAGAAAAAUAAAAACACCAAGAAUAACAAUGCAAAUUGUUCCCACACUGCUGAUUCCAUUACCUCGGAUUCACAGAAAAGCAAAGGCAUUUUAGUGGAGAACACGGAGAAAGAUGUUGCCGCACCCAAAGAUGUCACAGCUCUACUCACCCCACCCCUAGAAGACAACACUCACCCUUCCAAUGGCAGGCUGGCUCCUCACUCCCCAACUCAGAUUCCCCCCUCUUCACCACCCACCUCCCCAGCCAGCGAUCCCCCUCCUCUCUCUGAUCGCCAUGGUUACCGCUUUCGUUGCAGCAGGUGCAGCCUGGCGUUUCCCACUCAGGAGAAGCUCCAGCUGCACUGGCAGUAUCACGCCAUGAGGGCGGCGACAGAGUGCCCCCUCUGUUCCAGACAAUGCCGCAGUCAGGAGGCCCUGCAGAGACACAUGCAGAACACACACUCACAGCUGGACAACACACAGGGACAGAAUACACUCCUGCAGUCCCAUACUGCGCAAUACAUGGAGAAUAAUAAUAAGAGUUCAAUUCAGCAGGAAUUCAGUUUGUCACCUCAAGUUGGUCAAGAAGCGGGAGAAGGUGAAGAGGAUGACGAGAUUGAGGAAGAAGCACUAUGUAUGGAGGAAAAGGAGGAACAAAAGGAAGAGGUUAAAAUAAAAGAGAAGGACGUGUUUGGUGAAAUUAAGGGAAAGGAGGAAGAUGUAGUGGAGACAGAGAAACAGUUGCAUGAAGAGGUUGCAUCAGAAACUAGUUCCAACUCUGCUCUGAAAAAGAGCUCUAAUCCCACAAUGGAUCGCUUCCUUGAUCCAUCCCGGCCCUAUAAAUGUACCGUGUGUUCUGAAUCUUUCACCCAGAAAACCAUUCUUCUGGUCCACUAUAACUCUGUGUCCCACCUUCACAGAGCUAGACGAGCAGUGCAGGACUCUGGCACAGGUGUUGGCGCCCCCGAAGCUCCGUGUGGCAUCGAUUCUAGACCUUACCGCUGUCGACUGUGUGGAGUGGGUUAUAGCCAGAGCUCCACACUUGACAUACACCUUCGCUCUGUCCUUCAUCAGACUAGAGCUCGUGCAGCCCAGAACCCAGCGUCUAGUGGAACUGCUUCUGUAUCCGUCCCGACUUCUGUUACUCAAGCUGCUGUCACCAGCGAAGAAACAUCUAAUAGUUUACCUUAUACCAAGAGGGCAGAUGUAGCAAGCCCAUCAACGUCUUCACUAUUAGGCCCUGGAUUAGUGGCUGAAGCUCAACCAAUCCUCUCUAACUCAACUGAGAGCCAGCAGGCUAAAAAGAGAGUGGCAGAGCUUCUAGCAUCAAGAAACCAAUUAAUGCUAAUGCAACAACAGCAGUUAGUCCAGGCUCAGGCCCAGGCCCAGGCUCAGUUGCAACACACAGCUCUGCUUCAGUCUCAGAUGAUGCAACACAUUCCUUUAAGCCCAGAGAAUCUUAUCAAACAACACUUUUCCCUGGCACCAGAAAACUUGCUUUCUUUGCAGCAGCAGCUCCUCCUGCCUUUUUAUUUAUCAGGAGACCUGAAGCUUAACCCGGACUUGGCAGUUAAGAUUUCAGACCUUACUCAGAUAAUUUCUGCCAAUGGUGCCCCAAAAGAACAGGCCAAGGCAGAGCCUAAAAGUGAGUCCGCACCUCAAACAGAUGAGAAACAAAACAAGAGACACAGUUCUAAUUCAACAAUUAGCCAACCAAAGGAUCGUGUACAAUGUGAAGAGAAAGUUGAAACUGUCUGCAGUAGAUCUUCCAAAAACCAGAUGCAAAGAGAAUCCAGCAAUUCAAAUAUUGAUGAAGAACAAGAAAAGACCCUUGUUAAAAAUGUGAGUCCAAAAGAGUUGGAGUCGUCCUCCUCAGAUCUUCUAGGAUUACAGUGUCCACCUCCCAGAGUGCCAUAUGCUGCUGUGAACGGAGAGCCUCUUAGAGCCCUGCUACAGAGUUACGGCUACGAGUUGGCACUGCAGUAUAUACAAAAUAGACACAGACACCAGCAACAGAUAGCAACCAAAAUGAUUCCAGGCAAACAAGAGUACUCGGAUAUCAGCAAGACUGAGGUGCGCUUGGAAAAACAAGAUGAGUUAACCAAGUUACAGGAAAACCAGACAGAAACAUGUAACAACGAGCAAAAAAUAGAAGAUGAUGGAAAGAGAGCGAGCUUGCCAUCAGAGAAAACGCACAACAAUAAUGAGAAUUCACCAGGCAAGAAGAAAAGAUGCUGUGGAGGGAAAGAAAAAUGUAGACACUGUGGCAAGUUUUUUUCAGACGCCUUGGUUUUAAAAAGCCACCAGGAGUAUAGUCACAGGAGUCUGUUUCCCACUGCUGCACUGGAGAGGUUUUCCAAGAAAUACAGGCUGCAGUAUGACCAGAUGUACCCGCUCGCACAGCCGAAGUCUGGAGAGAAUCCAGAUGUUUGCCCUGAAUCUACACCCUCAGCCGUGGCCCCAUCGCCACCCUUAGAACCAGAGCUGGUGAAGCCUCAAGUUAGAACGUCUGCACCCUCUCCUGUGGUCUCAGUAACUAACACAGAUGCAGUAACUAAAACAAGUCCAACAGCUACAGAUGUAACACCAAAUGCCAAUGCGCCCUCUUCCCCUGUGUCUCCUUUGCAACCUCUGUUUCCACCAGAAGCACCGAUCUCAAGCCCACCUGCUACAGCUACUUCUCAAACCACAUCCCCUUCUAAGUCCAUUUCUCUUUCUUUACCUAACAUGCCUAUGCUCCCUUUGCCCUUGUCUCAGCUUCCUAUCCCGCCACUGCCUUUACCUAAGCUUCCUCUACCCACUCUCCCUUUUCCCAUGGACCUGCCUCUCCUUUCUCCAGUUGUAAUGCAGUCUGUGGCGCUGCAGACUCAACCUUGGUUAGACUCCAGCAUGAACCCAGAGCUGGCAAAACUCUACCAGUCUCAGCUCACCCCAGCACUUCUAGGACAAAAACCCCAGCUGAGUCCAGCUUUGUUAAGUCAGGCUCCUCAACUCACGCCUGCACUGCUGAGUCGCCCGUCCCAAUCUAGCCCUCUCCAAACAGGACAGCAGCCGCAAGUCAGCCCAACAAUAGUUGAACAGCAGCAAGGUAAGAGAACACGAACACGAAUUUCUGAGGAGCAGCUAGCUGUGCUGAAAAAACACUUUGAUAUUAACAGCCUCCCUAGUGAUGAAGAGAUCAACAAGAUAUCCAGUAUGUCUGGUCUGCCUCAUAAAGUCAUCAAACACUGGUUCCGAAACACUCUGUUUAAAGAGCGCCAGCGAGACAAGGACUCCCCCUACAAUUUUAGCAACCCUCCAACCACAGCCCUGGAGCAGUCCAGAGAGGAAGUGGUUCAAAACGAGACUCUGGCUCUUUCUCCCUGUUCACUGUCACCAAGUGUCACAGCCUCACCACCCCAAAUGACUCCAGAACUGCACAGAGGAGAGAUCCAUAGGGGCAGGCGCUCUUCUAGAACUCGCUUUACUGAGCAACAACUAGAGACCCUGCAAGGGGUGUUUGAGGCCACUCCUUACCCCAGAGAGGAAGAAUACGACAGGUUGUCAGCUCUGUUGUCACUUCCAAACAGGGUCAUUGUUGUUUGGUUCCAAAAUGCCAGACAGAGGGCACGCAAAAACCAAGAAAGAGGGUCAGAUGAUGGGUUUGAAGGGAGGAGCCAGACUGACAACAUCCAGAGACAAAAAGACAGUGGGUACAAGAAUGAGGACGAUGAUAAUAUCUGUGUAGAUGGAAGACAAGGUGACAGUCAGAAUGAAAACUCCAUGGAUUUUACAUAUGAGUAUUACACCCACCCCGACUCGCCUAUCCAUGAUGAUUCCACUCACAGCAUGGAAAAGGAGCAUCUGACUGCCAAAAAUGAACCAACAUCUGUUAGUAGGAAACUAGGAGAUAAAACUGUUUCUCCUCAGGCAAACAAGAGCCCAGCUCUAAAUCAAAUUCCCAAUGAAAUCUCAAACCCAGACAAACAGGUAAAAGAAGAUGGCCAGGUCAUGAAAACCAGGUCAUCUCCACAACCUGAGCCCAAGCUGGAACCAGAAAUUGACUCUGAAAAAUCUGAGCCUUGCUCAUCCUCCUCUUCUCAAAAAUUAUCCACUGUCCCAUCUAUGUCGAAAUCCAGCCAAGGGCAUACACACAACCCCCCAUUUGAUCAAGGUAUGGAAAAACCUGCUGAAACAUCAUCCCACCGUUCUUCUGCUCCAGAGUCUGAAACUAGCUCCACUCAGCUUCCUGAUUCUAAGUCUGGCCUAUCCAAUGAAACCCAGCCACAAAACCAAUUCCAAACCCAGACUCAGUUCCAGUGCAGCAUCUGUCCAGUGUCCUUGCCAUCAUUUCAGCUGUGGCAAGAGCAUCAGACCAGGCAUCUACUGGCAGCUCAGUCCCAGGUCCAACUCCUUCACUCUGGCUUCACAGACCGAACCAUGCCGUACAUGAUGCUCCACCCCAACCACACUAUGAUGGCCAGCCAAAUGCUUUCAGGCGCCAUGUCCCAGAUGCACCCCAAUUCCACACAUUCCAUGAUUUCCCACUUAAACAGCAUACAAAUGAAAAACGCACUGUCUGAUCUCCCCAGUAACUCCCUGACCAGCCUCUCUCAAAGUUCCCUGACACCCAUGAAGCAGAAUACAAAGCUUAUGUCAGAGACCGGUUUUGAAGGCCAAAGGGGCAGUAGGGAUGUUGAGGAGGAACAAAGAAGGGAUAAGCGUCAGAGAACCACCAUCACUCCAGAACAGCUUGAAGUGCUGUAUCAGCGCUACAGCUUGGACUCCAACCCCACCAGAGGAGUCCUCGAAAGCAUUGCGCGAGAUGUGGGCCUCACAAGACGUGUGGUUCAGGUCUGGUUUCAGAAUACACGAGCCAGAGAGAGAAAAGGUCAGUUCCGGUCAAUGGGGCCAGGAUCCAGUUUCAGCUUGGGUUUGAACCACCUGCGCUGCCCAUUCUGCAGGGCUCUUUUCAAGGUAAAGAGUGCUCUGGACGCCCAUAUGAGGUCACGCCACUGGGCAGAGGCUGAAAGAGCAGGAUACAGCUUAUCUAUGAAUAAUGGAGCCAGUGGGCAAAUGGGGAUUGGUAUGUCAUCUGUCAUGGAUAGACCAGGCCCAUCCAUCCCCUCCAACCUUCACCUAAACCCUGGCUUUGUCAUUAGCAACAAAGAGCUAACUAGGCCAACUGUGAACACUUCAACUACUGAUUUGAACAACCCAGACGAGGAUGAUGACUAUGAGGAAGAUGGAGAAGAGUACUCAUGUGAGGAGGCUUCCAGUAUGGGUGAUCAAGGGUCUCCAAGUCCUGAGGGAUCUGGGGGUCCAAGCUCAGAGUGGGGUGAAACUCUGCAGCCUCACCACCAUCAGCAGCAGCGCCAAAGGACACAGAUGACCCACUUCCAAGUUCUACAGCUCAGAGAUUUCUACAGGAGCCAUCGUACGCCCAACCGCCACGAGUGUGAGGCACUGGGCCAGGAGCUAGGGCUGCCUCACCGUGUGGUGCAGGUGUGGUUCCAGAACGCCAGAGCUAAGGAGAAGAGGGCCAGGAGUCUGAGCUCUGACUCUGCAGAGAGGGAGCAGGCUGAGCUGUCUGCUGGUGCAGGGGAGAGGGACCGAGCAUAGAGAGGCAGACUAAGGUCCAUUUGCUUCUUUCUGCAAGAAUCUCGCCCAAAAGAACACCCGCAUCUGCUUUUACCCUCUACACAUAUAUCCUGUCCACUUUUGCUGCCAAACCUGUUACCUGAAUGCCCCAAAGAUAGAGAGCCACAGUGGCCCAAAGAGAAACUCUCUCCAGAAAGUAUGGGAGAGCCCAAACCACGUCUUCUCUACCACAGCUUUCCUCUUACCAUUUUGUUCGUAAACUCUUCCGUGGUCUGUCCGUUCUUGUUGAAAAGAGCUCCUCUCCCUGUUCCGUCACAACCAAACAUCACCUUGAUACAAACCAACCAGAUGCCACAGAGGCCAAAGAGCAUUCUCCAAGUAUGUGACCUCACUGCCCAGCUAGACCUGCAGUCUACCUCUCAGUCUGCAUGACAGACUCACAGUGGGCCCUCCACCAGUGCUAGUUGACUAGCUGUGUAGCAUGUAGUCCCAGUCUGCGUAAGGCUGGAAAAGAAAUUGUCAAAGAGAUUUUAGUGUAAAUAGAAAGUUCCAAAAGAUAAACAUAAAAAAACAAAAACAAAGCUGUAAACACUGGUGAAGAAGAGGAAAAAAUGGAAUAAUAUCCUUGCUAUAAAUGGAGGUAUUCGCAUAGAGCUUUUGUAAAGACUGACUCAGAUUCCAAAGCUCGUAACCAAAAUUUUACAUGUCUGUGGAUUUCAUUUCAACAUGUUUGUGCUCAUAACAAACUGCAGAGCUGACGUCUGUAUGGCGAAGGGGUGAAACCUGCAGCUGGCAUAGGUAAGCGGAGAACCAAUAGACUGAUGCGGUGCUGGAAUGCAGCCUCACCCUGCACAAGCCAAUGAUGAGUCUUCUGUUGUACAUGUACACCUUCAAUGUUCCUUUAGUGGAUAACAGUCCAAAUAGCACAGAACGUAAAGGUCAGUUUGUCCUGGGAAGGGUCAAACUAUUUUUUUAUAGCACUCAACCAUUAUACUGUAUAUGAAAACUUUAACCAAACUCAAAUUUACAUUGUGGGUGUUUAGUAAUAGUUUCUUAAUAUAAAUCUUAUGGAUGGAGAUAAACUGUCUUGCUUCGAUAUAAAUGGUGUCAUGGUUAUGAAAAGAUUAUGACAGCUUUGAUAUGUUCAGGCAAGGGGACUUACUGCCUUUCUGUUCCAUUUAAAUAUACCAAUGGUUACCAAUGUUAUGUGAUUAAUGUAAAGCUUUGUGUGCUCAGGUCAACAGCUCAACAUGGCUCUGUUUCAAAUGUGAUCUUAAUAAUGCACGUUUCUGUUUCUGAAACAGAACAGGCGUGGUUUAACCUUUGGACUAGCUAUUAACAGAUGUGUACAACAACAUCUCUGUAUUUCAAAGAUCUGAGCUUUUCACCUCUGAGUAAUAGAUUGUUACGAAAAAAAAACCUUACUGACACUAAAGUGUUUAAUAGUGUGAGGGGUAAAUGUACAGUAUUUAGCUUUUGUAUGGUUGACUCAAGACUUCAUUGGAUGUUUGCUCCCUUCUCCACUUUCCACAAAAAGGGAGCUACUGCGCAAAGCUGAGAAAAACUUUGGAUGAUGUUGUUGAUGUUAUUUUUGUACACCUAAUUUAUUUCUCCCUCCCCGCCUACUUUUACUGUUUUCCUUUCUACCGUUCUUCCUGUGUUGAUUUUAAACCACUCCUUAUUCUAACUGUAAUAAUGAUAAUAUAACAAUAAUAGCUAAACAAUAAUUAAUGCUUUAAGACAAAAAUCCAAAGACGUGAUAAUACUUUAACCAUAUGACCUACAAAAAUAAGCGCUACUGUUUACUUGACGAUGUAUUGCUGUUUUUGAAGAAGGAAGGAGUCCCUAUAUCUAAGCUACUGUUUUCUGCCUCUCAUAAGCACACUGGCGACUGUAACCAAAACUCCAAACUAGAGCCAUGGCAGUCUGUAAUAUAGCGGUUAAAGAGUUUUACUUCUCUUGAGAAAUGUUACAGUUUAUUUUUCUUUUUUCUUUUUUUUUACCAUAGUGUUGAACUUCAGCCCUUAAGGAUGUCCAGUUUGCUGCUAAUGUACUGUAGUUUCUAAUGAUACUGUAGAAAGAUGCAUGCUCUGAUCGCUUUACCACUAGGCUUUAAUGACUACAAACUGUAAUGAUACCUGUGAUGCUGUUGAUAAACUGCUCCUCUGUUCUUCUGUUGAAAACAAAUGGAUACGUGGGGCUCAAGUCCAGCAAGUUUGUUUUUCAGUAUCAAAUAAAUGACCCCUGCUUAGCUGAUACGAAUGGCUUUCAUAAUACCAGAAGUACUUUCCGUUUCAUAGAAACCUACAUAGGGCAGGAACUUCUCCACACGUGCGUAGAUACUGCAUAGCUAUUUGAAGGAGUUCAUCCCCAGACCUUAAGCUGGUGUUGUGUCGGUCUUCCUGUGUUGCAAUGUGUCUGUUCCAUUUGUCCAGAGAAAACUGACAUCACAGCCAACUUCCCAAAGGAUAUGGACUGACUGAACACUGUCAUGUUUUGUUCCUAAACUAACCAAUGUUUACGACAAUACCAAUGAGCUUUCUUCUGUCCAAAUACCACAAAGGCAGUUUUUUUGUAUACCGAUUAUUUAAAUCUUUAAUUUCUCUCGUAUUCUCUUGAUCUUAGUGACUGUAAGAUGUACAUAUUGGGGUCCUCUAUGGUGAAGGGACUCUGUUAUCCCUAAUGUAGGUAAAGGUAUUCUUUUCAUUUUUUUUCUGGAUAUGUUGUUGCCAUAGUGAUGACCAAAAAGAUACCUGUGAUGUGCACCUGUCCUUAUGUCCUGCUCCAGUGGUUUAGUGUGUCUCUAUACUCUCCCUUCCCCGCUUCUCCCCUACUGAUGUGUGUUUCUCUCCCUCCCCCCUUACUCCACUGAGCUAAAUAAAGUCUGCUUUGGUGCA